GUUAGUCAGGCAUGCUGUCGUUGCUCCCAGAAUCGCAGCGAAACAAAUUCAGGUUUUACUGGGGCACAUGGCCUCGACCACGGCAGUUACCCCCUACGCCCGGCUGAAAAUGCGGCCCCUCCAAUUUUGGUUUCUCUCUGUUUUCAACCCCCUUUGGGACCACCCGUCCACCGAGCUUUCCAUCCCGCCCAAUGUCAAACACUCUCUUGCGGAGUGGAUGGACGAGCGGUGGGUAUGCCAGGGCCUUCCUUUCCAGCCGCCAUCCCCUGUCAGAUCUAUGACUACAGACUCGUCCCUCUCGGGUUGGGGGGCACACUCCCAGGGUCUGAUCGCCCACGGGGUAUGGUCCACAAACGAAGCCGACAUGCACAUAAACGUGCUCGAGCUCCUCGCAGUGGACAAAGGUCUGAAGUCCUUCGAGAAAGUGUUAUCGGGAAAGGUCAUCCAGGUACUCACCGACAACACGACGGUGAUGUACUAUUUGAACAAACAGGGGGGCACUCACUCAGGUCCCUUGUUAGACCUGUGCCUGGAAAUAUGGAAUUGGUGCAUCAGCAGGAGAAUCCAUCUCAUAGUCACUCACCUUCCGGGGGUAGACAACGGUCUCGCGGAUGUGCUGAGCAGGAGUCCUAUGGCCCACCACGAGUGGUCCCUGAACGGGGAGGUAUCGGCCAACCUGUUCAGACUUUGGGGCACACCGGAGGUGGACCUGUUUGCGACUCCUCAGAACACCAAGUGCGGUCUGUUUUGCGCCCGUUGCCAUCCGUUACCGCAGAUAGGCUGCCUAGGGGAUGCAUUCCUCCACAAUUGGGGGGGCAGACUGGUUUAUGCGUUUCCCCCCUUUCCUCUGUUACUCCGGGUGAUUGCGAAAAUCAGAAGGGACAACGCACAUUGCGUCCUAGUGACACCCUGGUGGCCUCGCCAGCCUUGGUUUGCCCCCCUACUUCAAUUAUCACGGAACAACUUUCUUCAGUUUCGUCACAGGUCAGACCUGCUGACGUCUCAAGGGGGCCAGGUGCUAUAUCCCGAGGUUCAUCAGCUCGGACUGACGGCCUGGUUAGUGCUACCGAACCAUUGACUGUUUUCUCUGAUCUAUCUGGACCGGUCCGCUCUAUUAUUGAGGCGGCCCAUAGGCCUUCUACGAAAAGGUCUUAUUUGUAUAAGUGGACAAGGUUUAAAAGUUUUACGGCGCAAAGGGGUGUUGCGCCGGAGAAAGCUUCUAUUUCAUUAAUACUUGACUUUCUGGUUUCGUUGUUGGAUGUGGGCCUUUCAGGUUCGUCUUUGAAGUGCUACUUAGCCGCCAUUUCUUGGUUUCGGCGAAAAGUGGGUCUUCCUUCAUGUUUUGGAGACCCAGUAGUUAGGACCUUUUUAAGGGGUAUUGCAAAUACUAGGCCCUGCGUAACCCCUGUUUCACCUUCCUGGAGUUUGGAAUUAGUGUUGAAUGUUCUGAUGAGACCUCCUUUUGAGCCGUUAGCAACGAUAGAUUUAUCAUAUCUUUCCUGGAAAGUGGCUUUUUUAGUGGCUAUAACGUCGGCUCGGAGGGUCAGUGAAUUGUGCGCUUUACGGGUUGAUCCUCCUUAUCUUAAAUUUCACACAGAUAAGGUUGUAUUGCGCACAGACAUUGCUUUUCUUCCCAAAGUGUCUACGACAUUUCACAUGUCUCAGGAGAUAGUUCUGCCUUCCUUUUUUCAAAACCCUACAACGCCUCUAGAAAAGGGUUGGCAUUGCCUGGAUGUUCGCAGGGCUCUGGCGUUUUAUGUGGACAGAACCUCUGUAAUUAGGAAAACGCCAAGAUUAUUUAUUAAGUAUCGUAAAGACACAAGGGGAAUGCCGGUAUCGUCCCAGCGUUUCUCUUCUUGGGUGGUGUCCGUUAUUCGGUUAUGUUACAAACUGUCCGGAAAGGACUUACCUCAACAGGUUAGAGGCCAUUCGACCCGAGCGGUAUCGACGUCUGUUGCCUUCAUGAGAGGUGUGCCACUGGAUGCCAUCUGCAGGGCUGCCAUCUGGACGAUGCCGUUUUCCUUUGUAUCGCAUUACAAGAUGGAUGUCAUGUCCAGGAAAGCAGCAGAGUUUGGGAGAUCAGUUUUGUUCUCAGUGGUGGCAUGACGCCCACCGUCCAGGAAGGUUCCGAAGUUGAUCUGCGCAGGUGCAGGAAUACCAUGUGUGCAAAUUCAUAGGUGACUACUCAGGAAACUACAGUUACA